AUGGCUGGAUCCCCCACUAAUCCGACGGUCAUCACGAUGGAUUCUCCCAGCGCAGACGAUGACAACAGCAACGACAGAGGUAGCGACAGAGGCGGCGACAGAGGACGACAACAGAGGACGACGACGACAGAAGACGACGACAGAGGCGGCACUGUGAUCGAGAAAUUCACAGGUUUCGCUACUCUGCCAUUAGAGCUCAUUCUCGAGAUCGUUCAACUCUGCAUCCCAACCUACAGGCCUGACCUCAAACAAGAUGUCGCCCAGCUUUCUGCCGUCAACAAGAGCCUUCGGAUGAUGUGCAUUCCAACCCUCUUCACCAUUGUGCAGAUGCGCACUAACCACCACCGUUUCUCUCGUCUUGUUCGAGGCAUUGAAGGCAGUGACGUCCUCAUAGCCAUCCAUCAUCUGAGAAUUAUUUCUGUCCUGCCUCGCGCUGAGACUUCAGGCAACGCGAGUGAGUCUUGGUAUCGAGACACGCCUGCCCAAUUUGCGAGCGUCCUGGGCCAGAUGUCGAACCUUCAAGACUUGGAUCUCUACUUCGCGGAUGGAUACCAGAGUCUCAUGGUGGCUGUGCAAUACGAGCUCCUCAAGCAACGCAUUACCGUCCCCAGCGUCACCAAGUUCGAUCACUUCGCAGAGAGCACGACGCAUUUCAUUCCUACUGUCUUUACUGGACUGAAUGCCCUCCACCUCACUGUGACAAUGGGCAAGUCUCCAAAGACGAUCCCUGGAUUGUCUACCAUUGCCUCCAAGCUCAACCUGCACACCCUUAGCCUCUGCAAGUUUGGUUGGCAAGCGAAAGACUUCGACGAGAUUUACGACCUCUUUCCAGGUGUUACCAAGCUGAUCAUUGGGGGUCAGAUUCAGAAGUUCAAGUUCUCUACCGUAUUACCGGUCUUCGAGCGAUUUAAGAAGCUUGAGAUUCUUGGGCUCCGUGAUAUCUUCGACUUCACCAUUGAAGAUGUGAUGACGAACUUGCUCGACGAAGAGGGCGACUGCGUUUGCGACUGUUGUCUCGGUGACGACCCCUGUAACAUCGACACUAACUGUAGUUGUGACGAAUGCCACUACAAUGACGAGAACUACGAGAGAUCUCACGAGAUGGCUCAGCAUAAUCUCCUCAUGUCUAUGGAAGAGGACCAAGUGAAGAAUGCAACCAGUCUCUUCGUGGAGUGUCCUAGACUUGAGACGGUGUACUUCCAGCUCCGCAACGAUGACUACUCUACUUGCUACCGUCCUAUCAAAGAUGACAAGGGCAACGUUGACACUGUCACCAUCAACGAGUAUGAGGAUUGGCCUCAGAUCUUCACAGACUUCUACUAUUGA